GACGUUUUGCGGCACCGUCGGUGAGGCCGGCGGCGUGGAUUUUCUCUGUGGGCGAAUCAUCGCUUUCGUCUCCCUGGACUUUGAAAUGCUUUACCUGAUCGGCCUGGGCCUGGGCGAUGCCAAGGACAUCACAGUCAAGGGCCUGGAAAUUGUUAGACGCUGCAGUCGGGUGUAUCUGGAAGCCUAUACCUCAAUCCUGACUGUAGGGAAGGAAGUCUUGGAAGAGUUCUACGGAAGAAAAUUGAUUCUUGCUGAUAGAGAAGAAGUGGAACAAGAAGCAGAUAAUAUUUUAAAGGAUGCCGAUAUCUGUGAUGUUGCAUUCCUUGUGGUUGGUGAUCCAUUUGGGGCUACCACACACAGCGAUCUUAUUCUGAGAGCAACAAAACUGGGAAUCUCUUACCGAGUUAUUCACAAUGCUUCCAUAAUGAAUGCUGUAGGCUGCUGUGGUUUACAGUUGUAUAAGUUUGGAGAGACGGUAUCUAUUGUUUUUUGGACAGACACUUGGAGACCAGAAAGCUUCUUUGACAAAGUAAAGAAGAACAGACAAAACGGCAUGCACACGUUAUGCUUACUAGACAUCAAAGUAAAGGAGCAGUCUUUGGAAAAUCUAAUCAAGGGAAGGAAGAUCUAUGAACCUCCUCGGUAUAUGAGUGUAAACCAAGCAGCCCGACAGCUUCUGGAGAUUGUUCAGAAUCAACGAGUACGAGGAGAAGAGCCAGCAGUCACCGAGAAGACACUCUGUGUUGGCUUAGCCAGGGUUGGAGCUGAGGACCAGAAAAUUGCAGCAGGCACUUUGCAGCAAAUGUGUACUGUGGACUUGGGAGGACCGUUACACUCUUUAAUUAUCACAGGAGACAACAUGCAUCCAUUGGAGAUGGAGAUGCUAAGUCUGUUUUCCAUACCAGAAAAUAGCGCAGAAUCCUAAAGCAUUGACGGAAUGGAAGCAUAGACAUUUUCUAUUGUUAGAUGGGAAGACUCCAU